AUGGAAGCUGUCUUUUACAACAACGAGCCAACACAGUAUAGCUGCCGGACAGGUUGUCUAAAAAAUUGCUCCUGCACAGCCUUUGCUUUCGCUAUUUCUGAUCCACCCGUUUGUAGAUUGUGGUUUGGAGAUUUAUUGAGAGUGCGUGUUUCGCCGGAGGGCCAAUCCGUCUUUGUUAGGCUGGCUGCUUCUGAGUUGCCGCACUUGACAUCACAUCAAAGCAACAAAACUUCUCGUCUUUUCCUUUCACUUCCUACAACUUUCUCUAUUGUUUUAGUUCUGUUCUUUGCCUCAUUUCUUCUGUGGAAAAAUCAAAGACUGCGGGAGGAGAGUGUUGAAGAGGACGUGCCAAUAACGCUCAAAAUGUUCACUUACAAAGAGCUACGUAUUGCAACUGAAAAUUUCAAGCAUAAGCUGGGGAGCCGAGGAUUCGGGUCCUCAGAAGAAGCAAAGAAGGUGUUGGAAUGGAAGACUCGGUUCAAGAUCGCACUGGGAACUGCGCGAGGAUUAGUUUAUCUCCACGAAGAAUGCAGGGAUCGCAUUAUUCACUGCGAUAUUAAGCCUGAAAACAUUCUGUUGGACGGCGACUUCCGCCCAAAGAUAGCUGAUUUUGGGCUGGCAAAGCUGGUGGGCAGAGAUUUCAGCCGCGUACUGACAACCACAAGGGGAACUCAAGGGUACUUGGCUCCAGAGUGGAUCUCAGGCCUUCCUAUCACUCCAAAGGCAGAAGUAUACAGUUUUGGCAUGAUUAUGUUCGAAAUUAUAUCAGGCCGAAGAAAUCUGGUUUUAGCGGUGGAGGAAAGUCGGUUGUACUUUCCUACCUGGGUUUUAUCUCAAAUUCAGAGGGGAAACAUAAUAGAUGUUGUGGAUUCAAGGAUAGCAAGUGAGGCGGAUAUGAAAGAGGUGAAGAGAAGCGCUGUGGUGGCUGGGCUGUGCAUUCAAGACAAUGAGAAUGAGAGGCCGAGCAUGAGUGAAGUGGUGAAGAUACUGGAAGGCACGAUGGAGGCCCAUGUGCCAAAGAUUCCAAGGUCUCUACAGGUGUUGGUAAGUGAGGUAGACGACGAUGAUAGCGAUGCAUUUGCUCGAACUCCUCCAAUAUCCACUGGUACCAAAUUCGCCAAACAAUAG